CGAUUUUUCGCAUUUUGCAUGCUGGUGCGAGGCCCAAGAUGGCGCAGCGAUGGUAAUACUACGAUGAGGCUAUCAAUACGUAACACCGCGCCAUAGAACGCGCGGGGGCAGCGAUAGCAGCCCCAAGGAUGCUGCCACUGCUCUGCUGGCUGCUGCUGGCAGGCCACGCGGCCGCCGCCGAGGCAGACUACACCUACAACGUCUCGGACCCCGUCUACACAAAGCUCACCGACCAGCUCCAACGAUUGAAGCGACAACGCAAGCCCCUGCGGCUCAAGGUCAACUCGCACACCGGAGCCGGUAAAACCUACUUCAUCCGCCACCACGACGCGAAGUACCUGGGCUGCAGGCUCCUGGACUUUGAUGAUUUCGAGGGCGCGAAUCGGAGCAGCGCCCUACUCUUGGCGUACGACGCGUGCGCGGUGCUGCUCGGGUCGGCGCACCUCGACAAGCACUCAUCACUACCAGACGUGGCCUACGUCUUCGUCGUGCCGUUCCUGAAGGACAUCAGGCGCAACGUCGCCAAGCGCAACGAAGCGGUAGGAGACAAACACCACGAGCGGUGGUCGAACGAGACGUACAUCCUGAAAAAACGGGAGCAGACUUUGGGAAAAGUGUUUCGCGGCGGGCGCCAGCGGUUCCCCGUCUUUUCUUCGUUCGAAGAGGGCGUGCUCUUCUGCGCGGAGGCGUACGGUGUGUAAGACCUGUUUUGUGUG